UCGACUGAUUAAGACAAUCAUGAGUGAUGAAGAUGGAUACAAUGAUAUUGACAGUGGAGACGACGGGGAUGACGACCUGGACCUGGAGAGUGGCUAUGGAGACGGCUCCUCCGGCCAGAAGAACCAGAUGCAGUUCGGUUCGCAGGCGGAGAAGAGGGCGCACCACAACGCUCUGGAGCGGAAGCGACGAGACCACAUCAAGGAUAGCUUCUGCGGUCUGCGCGAUACCGUGCCGGCGCUGCAGGGCGAGAAGUCGAGUCGAGCGCAGAUUCUGAAGAAGGCGUCCGACUACAUCCAGUUCAUGCGGCGGAAGAACUCUGCUCACCUGCAGGACAUUGAUGACCUGCGGCAGCAGAACAGCCAGCUGGAGGAGCAGAUCCGGGCGUUGGACCAGGCGCGGGAGGAGGGCACGCUGCCCACCAGCCUGGCGCGACCGUCGUUCCUGCCGCAGCCCUACGAGCAGGGCGACUCGGACUCGGAUGAGGAGGCGGCUGGCCCGGCCGCCGGCACCGCGCGACCCGCACCCCGGACCAAGCGCAUCCGGCGCUCCUAGCGGCGCCGGGCGCGCUGGCCGCCGAACCCCAGCCCUCAGGCCUGGCCUGACCUGACCUCAGCUCUCGGACGACGCCCGGCGAGCCGUCGCGCGCGGCGUGGCGGUCACGCCGCCCGUCUGGCGUUCCGUGUCUUUCGUGCAGUGGCGCAGGUGCGAGUGCGCGGGCGGCCUCCUUCUGAAGGGAAUUCCACUCGCAAUAACGCCCGAGGCGCCCAGAGACCAGUCGGACCCUCCGCUCGUAGACAGGCUUGUUUUCAGUACAAAUUGCCCGGAAUUGACAACGCACCGCGGUGGCACGCGCGCGAAACGCUCCGGUCCUGGUCCGGUCUCUGAGUGGCGAGGCAUGAGAAUGACAGGAGAUUGGUACGACGGCGCUCGCUGGUCGGGCCCGUUUGGCGCGUGGCCGACAGCAAACCGCGCGUCGCCAGCACCGCUUCCGCACCUGUAGAGCGCACGUGACGCCCCCGUGCUAGUGCCGUCCGGCCCGACCCGGCCAUCUGUCGUGACUGUCCCGGUAGACUCGUCGAUGUACCGCCUGGGCCCGCCCCGGCGACGGUGGUGCCCUCCGGCGGAGGAAGCCUGUCUCCCCACCGUCAAUACACGGCGCAGAGCAGACGGCGGCGAA